ACUUCCAGUGGAUGCCCGUUCCCUCGACAGGACGAUUGCCGAAACCGCAUUGCAACGCGCUUAUGGCACAAUUGCGGGACUACUUGCACACUGCAGUACCAGCUCCGUUGACGGACGCCGGAGCAGAGGUUGUCGACCUUCACGCUUACAUCGCGAAGAUCGACCGCAAGUUCAAGACGCAACGGUACGACGACAUCGACGCACCAUUGCUCUACGUACGCAUUCAGAUCGGAGAGGCGACCUGCAGUGCCUUGAUCGAUUGCGGAGCAUCUCGCAACUACAUUAGCCGGGACUUCAUGACGAUCAGGAACGCCGGCCCUCUCCCACGCAUCGACGACCUUCUCGAGAGACUGGGCGGCGCCAAGUUCUUCUCCAAGCUGGAUCUCAAGUCAGGGUACCACCAACUCGAGAUUCGCAAGUUGGACCGUUACAAGACCGCGUUUAAGACGCAAUAUGGGCAUUUUGAAUGGCUGGUUAUGCCAUUUGGCCUUACGAAUGCCCCGGCCACUUUCCAAGCGGCUAUGACAACGGAGUUCCGACACAUGCUGGAUCGUUUCGUACCUAUCUACCUCAACGACAUUCUGGUCUACAGUCGGAGUUUGGAGGAGCAUGUGGAACACCUGCGCACCAUUUUGGAGCGGCUACGACAAGCCAAGUACAAAGCCAACCGCGACAAGUGCGAAUUCGCGCGGCAGGAGCUGGAGUACUUGGGCCAUUAUGUGACGCCGCAAGGCAUCCGUCCGCUUGCGGACAAGAUCGAGGCCCUACGAGCAUGGCCCGAGCCCACCAACACCACGGACUCGCCAAAGGUGCCAUUCGUAUUCGAUGACGACGCACGCCGGUCAUUCCAAGCACUUAAGACGGCCAUGCUCAUGACACCCGUCCUCAGCAUCUAUGACCCCACCUUGCCGACGAGAGUGACUACGGACGCUUCCGGCUAUGGCAUUGGGAUAGUCUUGGAACAGCACGACGGCGACGAUUGGCACCCUGUGGAGUAUUUCAGCCACAAAGUGCCUCCCAUCAACUCGCUUGAUGAUGCAAGGAAGAAGGAGUUACUCGCGUUCGUCAUGGCUCUCAAGCGAUGGCGGCGCUUCAUCCUUGGGCGUCGUAGGUUCACAUGGGUCACAGACAACAAUCCAUUGACUUACUACAAGACGCAGGAUACGGUGAGCAGCACGAUCGGACGAUGGAUGUACUUCAUCGACCAGUUUGACUUCACACCAAAACAUCUUCCCGGCCUCUCUAAUCGCGCAGCAGAUGCACUCUCGCGAAGACCUGAUCUUUGCGCUAUGACUCAUCAUGCCUUCGCAUUCGACGAGGAGCUUCAGCGACACUUCAUCCGGGCAUAUGAGUCUGAUCCGGACUUCGCCACGCUGUACACACAACUAUCUUCGGAUCACCCGCCGGCCAGCCACUAUCGCAUUGCCGACGGAUACUUGCUCCUCCACUCGAGAGGCAAGGACUUAUUGUGUGUCCCACGCGACUGUCAUCUUCGGACUCGCCUUCUCGUGGAGUACUACGACUCGCGACUCGCCGGCCAUUUCGGAGUCAACUGCACUAUUGCACGGCUUCGACAGCGAUUCCAAUGGCCCGAUCUCAUUACCGAUGUCACUCGGUAUUGCGACCCUUGCGAAGUUUGCCGACGCAGCAAGCCCCGCAACCGCAAUCCCUACGGCGAGUUACACCCGAUGCCUAUCMCWCGGGAACCCGGUCUCUCCAUUGCCAUGGACKUCACCGGUCCGUUUCCUCGCGACCGGCUCGGGCACGACGRCAUCCUCACGGUUGUGGACCGAUUGAGUAAGUACGCGCGUUUUCUCCCUUGCAAGUACUACUCCACGGCUCCCGAGCUGGCACGCCUCCUGCACACUGGUUGGAUUUGUGGCCACGGUGUACAAGAAGACAUUGUCAGCGACCGCGACACUCGUUUCAUGUCGAUGUUUUGGGCUACUCUCAUGCAGGAGUCCGGCACAACAAUGAAACCAAGUUCGGCUCGACAUCCUCAGACAGACGGGCAGACGGAGCGGGCACAUCAAACCGCUCAAAUGAUGCUUCGUACGCUCAUUCGUCCAGACCAAAAAGAUUGGGUUGACCGCCUCCCCGACAUCGAGUUCGUCUACAACAUUUCGGUGCACCCGGCGAUCGGCGUGACUCCAUUCGAGUUGCACCACGGUGGACGGAAAGGCCGCAUCUUCGCCGACCUUCUCCUCCCUCGACCAGCCGACAUUGACGCCGCUUGCCCCCCCGCUUCCGUUCGGAAGUACAGGGACUUGCUGACUCAAGCCCGCGCAAAUAUGCAAAAGGCUCAAGUUCGCAUGCAGCAGCAAGCCAACAGGCGUCACGUACCAUGUCCCAUCUGCGCCGGUGAUCUGGUUUGGGUCUUCGAGGAAGAGUUUGCGCUGGAACAGGACGUUUCACAGAAACUGCUUCCCAAGUGGUUUGGACCUUGGUCUGUGACAGCAGCCGCGGGCGAUGAGCCCGAUGGCCCUUCAUUUGUGAUCAACAUUCCAGAGCAUCUGACGGUCCAUCCGGUCUUCCACGCCUCGAAGCUGGCAACAUACACGCCAGCCAAGAGCGACGAGUUUCCGGGCCGACGAUCGCAGGACCCUCCUUCUAUGGAUGGCCAUCAGGAAGUUAACCGCGUCAUCACCGAUCGCAAGUACGGCAGCAAGCCGCGGCAGUACAAAGUCACAUUCAAAGCAUGCGAUCGCGACGACACUCGGUGGAUUUCAGGMGCAGAUUUGAAAGCAUCCGCACCGCUGAUCUACGCGCAUUAYGAAARGCGGAGGUUAGCUCAGGAAGCUUCACGACCAGUCCCUCCCACCCGGACUGUGGUCCCUCCCUCAGACAGACAGCUUCGCCCUCGCAGGAAGCUGUUGUAGACAGUAUGAGUCUUCACAGUGUGGACUAUCAUGAAACUCCAUAAGUUAUUUGGCCGCCAAUUGAAGGCCCAAAAGUCACCGUCCUCCACACCCUCUUCACUCUAUCUUCCACAUGCAAUGUUGGACUUCCUUUAACUUCACCUGUGAUGGAACUUACUUCAUUCUCUUUUAUUUUUCCUUUCUUUUUGCCGCCGGCUGAGGAAUGGAUACAGCGCCUGAGGUGGAAAACAAACUGCCACAAGAGCC